CAGGAGUCCAGACCUGAAUAUUAUAGAGACAGUAUGGGAUCACCUGGCAGAGAAAGAAAAGACAACCUAAAUCUAAAGAAGAACUCUGGGAAGUGCUGAAAGAAGCCUGGUAUAAUAUACCAGAAGAUUACUUCAGAAAACUUUAGGACAGUCUCCCCAAAAGAGUUCAAGGAAAGAAAAUCUAAAAUGGAUGCUUCUGAAUUCAGAAAGAGGGGCAAGGAAAUGGUAGACUAUAUGGCGGAUUAUCUGGAACAGAUUGAAUCAAGACAAGUAUAUCCUGAUGUCGAACCUGGAUAUCUUCGUCCUCUCAUCCCAGAUUCUGCACCUGAGGAAGGAGAGGCAUUUGAGGAAGUCAUAAAAGAUGUUGAGAGAGUGAUAAUGCCUGGGGUUACACACUGGCAUAGUCCUUAUUUUUUUGCGUAUUUCCCUACUGCUAAUUCAUAUCCAGCACUUUUAGCUGAUAUGUUGUGCGGCGCUAUAGGAUGCAUAGGAUUUUCCUGGGCUUCAAGUCCGGCCUGCACAGAGCUUGAAACUGUAAUGUUGGACUGGCUGGGAAAAAUGAUAGGAUUGCCAGAAGAAUUUUUAGCUGGCAGUAAAGGAGAAGGAGGAGGAGUUAUUGAGGGCACAGCCAGUGAAGCAACCUUAAUGGCUCUCCUUGCUGCAAGGACAAAGGUUACUCGACGGAUUCUGGCAGAAAAUCCUGAGUUAACAGAAGCAGAAAUUAUAAGUCGGCUAGUAGCAUACACUUCCGAGCAGGCUCAUUCAUCUGUAGAAAGGGCUGGGCUAAUCAGUGGUGUGAAAAUGAAGAAAAUUCCAGCCGAUGAUAAGUUCAAAGCCCGUGGAGAGGCACUUAAAAAGGUCUUAGAGGAAGACAAAGCUCAAGGUCUUAUCCCAGUCUUUUUUUGUGCCACUCUUGGAACAACUGCAUCUUGCUCAUUUGAUAACCUUGUGGAACUUGGUCCAAUUUGCAAUAAAGAAAAUAUGUGGCUACAUGUUGAUGCAGCCUAUGCAGGGAGCGCCUUCAUUUGCCCAGAGUUCAGAUAUCUUAUGAAAGGUAUUGAGUUUGCAGAUUCAUUUAACUUCAACCCACAUAAAUGGCUUUUAGUAAAUUUUGACUGCUCUACUUUUUGGGUAAAAAAGAGAGCAGAUAUAAUUGGUGCCUUCAAAAUGGAUCCUGUCUAUCUCCAGUAUGAGCAGCAAGAAUCUGGUCUGGUAACUGAUUAUAGGCACUGGCAGAUCCCACUGGGUAGAAGAUUUCGUUCACUAAAACUGUGGUUUGUGUUUAGAAUGUACGGUGUGAAAGGCCUUCAGGAAUAUAUCCGUAAGCAUGUACAACUCGCACAUGAGUUUUUGGAUUACGUGAAACAGGAUGAGCGCUUUGAAAUCUGUGCAAAAGUCAUCCUUGGAUUGGUGUGCUUCAGAUUAAAGGGAUCAAAUGAAUUAAACAAAGCUCUGCUACAAAAAAUAAAUAGUGAAAAGAAGAUACAUAUUGUGCCAUGCUGCUUGGAGGACAGAUUUGUUCUACGGUUUGCAGUUUGUGCUCGAACUGUGGAGUCAAGUCACAUUGCAUUUGCCUGGAAGCAUAUUGAAGAACUGGCCACCGAACUCCUGAGAACAAAUGGUAGUCAGCAAUAGAUUAAACCUUAUGGGAAACAAAACUCCACAGAUAAGAAAAAUGUUUUGUUGUUAUAUAUUUAUUUUAUUUGAUUGAAAAUAAUGUGUCUGCCAUGAUGUUAAUUCAAGAGAAAUAAAAGAAUGUUUCAUUUUA